UAGUGUUUGCCUGCAGCAAGAUGGCGGCGGUCUCAAUGUCAGUGGCGCUGAGGCAAGCGUUGCGGGGGAGAAGGGCAGCGGCUGUAGCUGCCGUUUCCGUUUCCAAGGUUCCGACCAGGUUGCUGAGCACUUCCACAUGGAGGUUGGCACAGGACCAAACUCGAGACACGCAACUCAUAACGGUUGAUGAAAAAUUGGAUAUUACUACUUUAACUGGUGUUCCAGAAGAGCAUAUCAAAACUAGAAAAGUCAGGAUCUUUGUUCCUGCUCGCAAUAACAUGCAGUCUGGAGUAAACAACACGAAGAAAUGGAAGAUGGAGUUUGAUACCAGAGAGAGAUGGGAAAAUCCUUUGAUGGGUUGGGCAUCAACGGCUGAUCCGUUGUCCAACAUGGUUCUAACUUUCAGUACUAAAGACGACGCAAUUGCCUUUGCAGAAAAAAAUGGAUGGAGCUAUGAUGUUGAAGAGAGAAGGGUUCCGAAACCAAAGUCCAAGUCUUAUGGCGCAAACUUUUCUUGGAACAAAAGAACAAGAGUAUCCACAAAAUAGGCUGGCACGGAUUAUAUCUCUGCUUGACCGUGAAUAAAGUCAGCUGUUCAGUAUUUAUAGUCCGUGUAUAUUACACCUCACUCUCCUAAUAAAUUUGACCUUUAAACUACA